CUUUCUUUGUCUUCUUUCAAGUCUCAGUCUGAGCGAGGAGGCGUUCCGACCCCCUUCUGUAUAAAAUGAAGGAGACGUCCGUCGACGCCUCACAGUCCCGGGGCGCCGAUAACGAUGCAGCAUUGAAUUUGCGAGCAUUGUCGUCGUCACUGGCAUCUGCAAGCCCUGCACACGCAAUAGCAGCAGCAGCAGGAGGUGGCCAAACCGGUGACGCGCAAGCUGAGCCAAUGCCAGACGCCGCCGCGACCGCCGCGACCGCCACCAUCGAAGCAGACCCGCUGGCCGCUCUGGUGAGGCACGAAAAGACACCAGCAUUGCCUCCGUCGCUGCGAUUUGUGUACGAGCUGAACGCCAAGCAGACGAGGAGCGUGACGGAGCUGCCGGUGACGUAUCUCGAUCGUCAGCGGCAGUACCGACUCACGCUGCAGGCGCUGGGACACGAUCCACUGCUCGAUUCCGCGAGUGACCAAGCCCAGCAGCAUGCUCAAGAAGACGAGCUUUGGCGCCAGGCACCGUCGUCGUCCGCUUUGCCAACGUCGACCAGUGCACGUCCGUCGUCGUCCUCAUUCGCAUCGAUACCGACUCCGGGUUUGAUCGAUGUCAAGCCGGAAGUCUUCAAUGCAAAGGCAGCAGCGUCGAGUAUGAUCGACCCCGCUGAUUCAACGUCGUCAUCGAGCUCUGCUCUGAGAUCCAUCAUUUAUGUGCACUUUCAUGACCAUAAGGACGAGCUACGAGAAACCGAGCUAUGGAACAACUGGGUUUCCGAAACCAGCCAAACGUCUGCCGUCGAGAUUGCGUCAUCCAUGUCGAACGGAAUUGCCGAGAUCAAACCUGUGGGACCCAAUGCCGUCUCCUUUUCGUGGAGCGCUGCUCGAGGCGCUGCCAUUUAUAUUGUGUUAAAUUGCCUCUCCACCGAAGUGGGUGCGUCGCGUAAUAGCAAGGGAGUUCCGCUUCGAUUGCAUAUUGACACGUACCGAUCUAGCGGCGACGCCCCAGCGGUCAUUGGUCCGAAUGCUGCUCGCGGGCCGACCACCAUCCAAGGAAUGACGUUGAUCUCUUCUGCAUUCACCAUGAUCAAAGUGUACAAGAAGGGUGCCGAAAAGCAAUUUCAAAACGACCUUCGCCGAAACCAAGGUCUCCCACUUUCAGUGACCACCAUUCUGUCUCCAGCCAAAGCCGUGCCAUUGCCUGGCGGUGGCGCGUCGUUUGUCCUGUUGCCCAAAAGCCCGGUGACAUCCGUUGCCACCAAGCCCGACGCUCGAUGGCCAGCAGCUCCCGCUCGGCCCCUCGGGCUGCCCAUGGAUUCGCCAUUUUCAAGCAAGCUUGCCCUCGAGCAACAAUUGCGCGAUUCUGCCGAUCCCGAACGAUUUCUACUGAGUCCUGACAGUCUGAGUGACUUUCUCCCCAACGCAAUGGACGUACUCAGUCCCGGCACCAUUGAUGCUCUCAGCGAUGGUCUGAUUCAGCAUGCAUCACUGAAGGACUAUCUUCUAGACGAUGCGAUCCGAAGUGGCCACGCAGGCAGUCCCCAUCAAGGACUCCUAUCUCGUGAAGCACACGCAGCUCGUCUUCCCAUGAAUGCGUCAUCAGGCUUGGUCGAGGACCGAGCCCUAAGUGCGUUUGAUGUUUCGAGCGUUUCAUCGUCCUUGCCCGGGCCCGAGGGGCAUCGCAAUGGAUCCAGCUCUCGUUCUGCGGUCGAGUCACACAAACAGUUUCUUGCAGCUGAGGAGCUCGGUUUUGAAUCCAUCACUGCAUCUGGCAAUCCGUCGUCUGGCGACUUUCCUGCAACAACUUCCUCUGGCGCUCAGAAGACCCAUGAAGUGACAGCGGCGUGGCCAAGUGUACGAGAAGUCGACAUUACAAAUUCACCGCCGUUCCUGGCUGGAAGGCGCGAUGAUGCGACUUUUGCAAAAAAGAUGGCGGCCAACCCUGCCACGAAUUUUGGUGAGCUGCGAUUUUCGCCGGGUAUCUCGCCACAGUUUGUCUUCCAAACCUUGCCGAACUCAACCACAACCUGGCCCUUGAAUCCGUCCUUUCUUCCGAUGGUGGACACGCCCGGGACGCUGCCGGGCCUGGAUGGUGGCGCCGUAUACAUGAGCGGACUGAGCACCAGCCCCAGUACUCGCCGGACUGCCUCGCGCGUUUCCAUCAAAGCCCCAAACGGAGCAGGAUUUGACAGCGCUUUCUCACCGUCACAGCUGCAGACGUGGCUACUUCGUCAGCGAUUUUCCGCAAGCGUCACGGAUGGUCUGCAAGAUUUCUCCGGCGAAGAAGUGGCCGCCUUAUCGCGAGCGGAUUUGCGAGAAAUUGUGGGCGACAUACCCGCAAUUCGACUUCAAAACUUGAUCAAGGGGUCAGACCAGCGGGCUGUAUCGCAGUCAAUCUUAAAGUGCAUCAUGGUCCAAGCGGAAGGCGAGCAGCUGUACCGUCGAGUCUAUCUGCAGAGCACCAACACACUCGAAAGCCUGUCGCUGGGCAUCGCGACCAAGUUUGCUGUUCGCUUGCCCUUGCGUCGAUUAUGCAUGACCACGCGGCGGUUGGACUUUAAGGUUGCUGGGCUGGCCAAGCGUCUCAAAAUCACCGCGCAAUCACCCGAUGUCACCGAUCUUCCGAGCGGCCAGCCGGUUCGCGCGCUCGCGUCAGCCGAAGUUGAGGCUGCUGCUGCUGGGCUGCAUAUCGGAGCGCCAACACCCGAGACGGAGAGUGAUCGCAGUGCUGUGGCAAUGACGGGCGAUGCGGCCGAAUCGUUGCUCGAAGCACUGUCGCUCACUCCCAUGAUUCCUAGUUCUGAGAGUCACCGACCUGUCCCGUCGGAUGCACGCUCGUCAGCGGCUCCCUCAACUCCAGCCCAAAAACGACGAAACGACACUCCGCCAUCAGCCACCUCUGCGUCAGAAGAUGAUGCGUCGAUGAGGUCGGUUGUGAAGGGUGCGCCACACACCGCCACUGCGUCUCCGCUGCUCGGCGCGAAACACCCUUCAACCAACGACAAGCUUGCGCGUGUGGCUAGUGUCACGGAUACCCUCCAAGACGCCACCACAAUCGGCACAAACACCGUGCAUGAUUCCGAUUCGCGGUACUCGUUCUCGCAAAUGUCGCGCGCCCUGCCAGCCGCCAGCAAUCAGCUCCAGAACUCACCCAAUGGUGCCGCGGGUGGAGUUUCAACUGCUUUUGAAGAAACCGCAGCAUCGGAGCCAGCUGACGCGAUCUUUGAGGACGACGUUUGGGAAAUUGAUGAGGACGUGAUUUUACACGAAAUGGACGACAACAGCCGUUACAUUGUCACCUUCCGGAUCAAUGACAAGGAGCCUGGAUCAAUGGAUGCCAUACUGCGACCCAAAUGAGUUUUCUUGGUUGGUGUGCGAGUUAAUUUUGUUGUAUUUGCUAUUCACAGGACUUGUGUAAAACAAUCAGACACAGACAACGGAAAC